ACUCCCCAAGGUUUGUUUUCCAAUCAGUUGUCCUGGCCGUUACCGAUUACUUCUUACGUAAAAACUUACGAAACCUAUGAAGUGGAACCAGGAUGACUACUGUUGCUUGCCGAUAUUAUCCGUCGGCAAAACAUAAAAGAAAUCGCGACCAGGUAUUCCUUGCGACUCCCCAAGGUUUGUUUUCCAAUUUGUCCUGGCCGCUGCCGAUAACUUCUUUCGUAAAAACUUACGAAACCAGUGAAGUGGAACUGGGGUGGCUACUGUUGCUUUUCGAUAUUAUCCGUCGGCAAAACGUAGAAGUCAGUACAUGUUACCGAUUCUGCCAGGUAAAUUUUAUCGUCUGGAGCUUGGACUUGUCAGGAGAGUUUCCUUGACAGCUGGAUUACAGAGGGUCGGAAAGGGGGUUUUUCGUGAACCGUGAAUGCCUAUAUUUAACUGCCGUGAAUCGUGAUAGAACGAAAUUAUUUCCCGUGAUCCGUGAACGAAAGUACUCCCGUGAUUCGUGAAAUAACUAAUUUAUUUCUCGAGAUUCGUGAACAUGGUCUAUAAUUAGCUCAUUUUCCGUGAAAUUUUCCGAAUGUACAUAGUAGUCACGCCUUUCAGAAUUCAGAACUCAAUAUUUCAAGGUCAAGUAUGUAAAACAAAAUGCCACGCUCGUCACACACUACCAAGACUACCAAUCCUAGACAUGUCUAGACGUCACAUGACUCGCGUGGAUAACUCUGCCGUGACCUGUAAUGAUUUUAUGGUCAAAUAUGGCGAGCGAAAGUACAAGUGCGGACAUUGAGGGAAGCGUUUUUCAAGUUUUGGAAGAUAUUGUCUAUUAUGUGGAUCCAACAACAUCUUUAAAUGCAAUGAAUGCGUUUGUUGGUAGCAAAGAGCGUUUGCGUAUUCCUUUAUCGGGAAAGCACUGCUCCUUGCAAGCGUUUGUAAAGCACGUGGUAGAACAUGCAGGCCUCAGGGAGGAAGCUUGAAAACGAGGUCUCGGGUCCAGCAUCGAUGUCAAACUAUGCCGCUUAGAGAAAGGACCAGAUGGUAACAAGGCCUAUGCAAUAAGUACCCAGGCGCAGUGGAAUGAAGAAAGAUCCAUGUUCAGUCACCGAGGAAUGGUUUUAAAAGGUUUACAUUAAGUCAUUCACUGAAAGGCUGUCACUCAUUUUGAAGAGGCUAAGUUUUUCAAAAUGUUUUGGUGUGGUUUUUCAUCAAGGAGAAAGAGGAAUUUGGCGAACAGGCUACUAAUAGUAUCAGCAAUUCUACUACUGCUUGUCCUGAUGUGCCUCCAUCUGGUAAUUUUACCAUCUGUGAGCGGGGGAUAUAACGAGGAAUGUUACUUGCCAAACGAGAGCCGUCAAACGUUACGAAUAAUGGUGAAGAACAUUUCACGAGUGUUUGACAAGUAUGGCAUUCAGUAUUGGCUCGAUUACGGAACCCUGCUUGGAGCCUAUCGCACAGGGGACAUUCUGCCAUAUGAUCACGAUGCCGACAUUUCUUAUAUUUUGGGAACCGGGAGCCCGAAUGCUUUCCGUGAACUGCGUGAGCUUGGAAUGCAAGCCAAUGGUUUGGUUGCUGCAUUUGGGGAUGUGACUGUGGAUUUUAUGAGAUGGCAACCAGUGAACGUAUCAAGUUACAUUUCUGGCAAAACUGAAACAAUGCUACGCAAAUACUAUCCUCCUUCAUCAAAAGACAAUUUCAUUCUGAAAUACCAUCAUACGUUGGAAACUUCUCCCUUGUCGUGGGUGGUACCUUUCAAAAGGUUUUAUUUCCAGGAUGUCGAUGUGGCAGUUCCUAACUCACCCGAUAAAUUACUAGCCUUUAGAUACCCAUAUACGUUUGGAACGCUUGGAUUUCAGUUUCCUUAUAAGUGGAAAUGCUGGGUUCCCUGCUAUUUGAGAAAAAGCAAUGGCUGCUAAAGGUAUCGAAGGAACGAAAACCAAAGACAUAUGCACUGUCCCACUAAGCUGGUAAAACUCGAAAACGCAUUAAUCAUGGGCGGCUUCAACACUUAAAUGCGUCCGCAUUCUAGAGAAGAAGAAACGUACUGUGCGGAAUGCACUGAUCCACAAGGGUAAAGCGCAUUGUCUUGAGCCUAAACUAGGUUAUUACACUGUUUAUUUUGGAAAACAAGUUGAAUUUCGCAAUGACCCUCGCCGCGUGUUGGUAGCCUGCGAAGCUGGCGACCGCAAGUAACGCAGGCUCGUUGAGCGGUGGAUGUGAAUCCAAUCAGAAGGCUGCAUUCCAAACGGCAACAAAAGUAGAACCAAAGCACAAACAUACAAAGAGGAUUGAGUGAAAUAUGAGAAUCCAUAUGUUGGAUUUUGAUAUUUCUUAGGGUUGUUUAGGAACAUUUCAAUGUCGGUUAAAAUUAGUAAAAUGAAUAAGAAUAUCAUAUUUAUCAAUGAUGUAAUUGUAUAGCUGGCAGUUAAUCAGAAAUUGUCAUCAUAGCUAUUACACUUUAAUUUUUUAAGACUGUCCAAUUAAGAAUUGGAUUGGAAAGUUUUAAACAGUUUAAAAAUAAUAGCUUGACUGAGAGCUAUACCCCUGGUAGAUCAUUGAUAUAAAUAAUAAAGAAUAAAGGUCCCAACAGGGAACCUUGAGGUACUCCAGAGGAAAUUGUUAGCCAGUCAGAUAAUUCCCCUUUUACAACAAAUCCCUGCCUACGGUCAGUGAGAUGGUCUUUACAACAUUCCAGAAGACGCCCACGGACUCCAUACUUAAAUAAUUUAGUCAAAAGAAUAUUAUGAUUCACAAGGUCGAAGGCUUUAGCAAAAUCAAUAAAUACCACAUCAACUUGACCACGGUUAUCUAGGGCUUUACUUUACUCAUGAUGUACCAAACGAAGCUGUGUUGUACGGGAUCUACCCCUCUGGAAUCCAUGAUGAGAACAAUGAAUCAAAUCAAUAACUUGUUCAUAAAUUGCAUCAUACACCAAUCUUUCUUGACAUUUUCCUGUGAUGGUUAAUAGUGAGAUAUCUCUGUAAUGCUCUACCGGCUCUCGGUCACCGUCCUUGUGAAUGGGAGUAACAUUUGCAUGUUUCCAUAAUUUAGGAACUUGACUCAUCUCAAAAGACAGAUUAUAGAGCAUACAUAAUGGUACUGCAGACAUAUACGCCGUCUCCUUCAACAGGCGGGCUGGAAUUUUGUCUACCCCAGAGGACUUGCUGCCAUCAAGUUUUUGUAAUAUCUUUUGAACUUCAUUUGUUGUACAUGAAACAGAGUCUGUAUAUUGAUCAGCACAUCUAUGUAAACCACUAUUGUGAUGGAGCUUCCUAAUAAAAGAUUGUUAUUAUUAU